AGACUGUGCGUUUCUCUCUUUCCCCGAGUCCCCUCCUCGGAAGUAGACGUAUCUGUCUAUAUUCCGUUCUUUUAUUUUUAUAUAUUUUAUAUACAACAACCCCCUUUUAUCCCGAGCCAAAAUGGACGACUAAAGUGAAGUGCGGGUACCGGUUUUCACCCCUUUUCUCUCGUUUUUGAACCGAGUGGACCGGAUGAAACCCAACUGUGGUCUUCUCCGCUUCGCAGGGGAGGUAGCUGUAUCCAGUGGGGAGGUAGGCUCAGCCCAGGGAGGACACGAUGAAGUUCGCCGAACCCUGGGGACGCCAGAGGCUGUCUUUUCUUUUGGAAAAGGCCGCCUCUAGGGAAGCCAAGAUGUGGAAGGUCUACGUGCCAAAGAAGCCUUCCUCACAGGAUACAGACAUCUCCCCGGCCCAGCGGGACGAGGCCGUGCGCUGGCUGACGGAGCUCCACGGCAGACUGCAGCUGUACCCGGAGACUCUGGUGUUAGCUGUCAGCAUGCUGGACCGUUUCCUCGCUCCCAUCAAGGCCCGUCCAAAGUACCUGCGCUGCAUCGCCAUAGCCUGCUUCUUCCUGGCUGCCAAGACCUGUGAGGAGGAUGAGUGUGUGCCCUCGCUGAAGGAGCUGGCCGGCUCCAGCAGCUGCGGCUGUUCUCCCUCAGAGAUCCUGAGGAUGGAGAGGAUCAUCCUGGACAAACUGAACUGGGACCUGCACACCGCCACAGCGCUGGACUUCCUGCACAUUUUCCACGCGAUGGUGCUGUCGUGCCGAUCCGGGUUCUUGGACUCCAUGUUGGGACUGAACCACUCUCAGCACCUCGCCCUGCUCACACAGCGACUCUACCACUGUCUGGCUGAUCACACACUCAUACAGCUCAGAGGAUCCAUGCUGGCCUUGGCCCUCUUCACCCUGGAGCUGGAGAUCUGCUGUCCCGACUGGCUGGCUCUCACCAUCGAGCUGCUGAGGAAGGCACAGAUCGACAGCUCUGAGCUGAUUCGCAGUCGAGAGCUUGUGGCUCGUAGUCUGUCCACGCUGAGAGCUUCCCUGCCUCCGAACACCAUCUACAUCUACCAGCCCCUGCAGCCCACACCACCCUGCUGCACACUGGGGACCACCACCGAGUCUUCCAGGGACCACGUCACCUCUGCACAGGCACAGUCUACUGCUGCUGGUGUGGAGGAGGAGGAGAUCCAGCAGUCCUGGAGCGCCAUCUCCUCUUCCUCCUUCUCCUCCUUCUCUGCAGACAGCAGCAUCCCAGCUCUGCUUUCUCCCCCCAGACACCUCCGCCAUCUUAAUCACCUGCAGAAGGUCACACUGCGCUGCAAGGCCUCCACCAAACGCAAGGUGGAGGAGAUGGAGGUGGACGACUUUUACGAUGGCAUCAAACGUCUCUACAACGAAGACGUCACCACCAGUACCGCUGCCGUCCAGGAGGGGGCAACAACAACAGGAGGAGGUGGAGGUGGCGGCCUGCCGGUUCAACAGGAAGGCAGCUCCUCCCCCUGCCCGCCGCUGCAGCCAGCCAGUGCCUCCUAGAGACCAAACAGGAAGCUGCUUACCAAAACUGCCUCGACACCAACGUCUUCCUGUUUUCAGGCAACUCUUGUGGCAGCUCCCCCAGAAAAAAGGCAUCAAAGCCAGAGGAAGAUUCAGUGUAAAAGUGGCAGCUCCGAGGGGAAAGUUGCCCAUCAGAGUUGCCACUAAAACAGGAUGAUGUCGGUGGUUGAGGCGGUUUAGGUUGCGAUGAAACGACCCCCCCCGUCCCGCUGUCACUCAGUGUGGCGCCGAGCUGUUCGGGAGCCCCGUGGUCGGCUCCCAUCAUCCCCUGCAGCAGGACAGCAGAGCCCCAAAAAAAUAUUUAAACAUUCAAAAACUAAAAAACCUGCCGCUGCUACUCUUUUCUUAUUAAUUCUAUUUGUUGAACACAAACACGAGAAAAAUCGCUUUAAAAAAAUUAAGUAGAAGAAGCUGAAAAAAACCUAGACUUGACUUCCUGUCUCUCCUGUUUGUCACCUUAUAUUUGUCGUCUUUAUUUUCAUGUAUUUAUACUUUGAUCCUGUCCCUCCUCACUGCGUAUUUAUGACCUCUUUAUAGAGAACCUCAAUAAACAUAUUAAUGUUAAUGAAUAGGUUAAUAUCUGUAGUUUUCACCCUGUUGGAGACAGGUUUCUUUUAGUGCAGUCUGAUCGUUAAUAAGAUGCUAAUAUAAACAUUUACUUUAUAUUUACUUUCCUUCCAGCUUGUUGUGACGGCUCAGUGAAUGAAUGAAAGGUUGCUGUACCGAUACACAAACGUUGAAGCCUGAAUCUCGUCCUGCAGGCGUUUCGCCCGCCGAAGGUUCAUUAACUGUUUGUUCUGGAUUAUGUGGUGUAAGCAAACAGCCUGCAUGAGCGUUAGAAAAGCAACUCUGACUUAACUAAUCCCGGCUAACAUGAAGUUAUCCAGCUAAAUUGAUCCCAGUCAUGAACUGCAUUAUUGUUAAGCGGCUGCUUUAAAUGAAUAGACAGAAAUGUGCUUUUUUUUAAGCUGUUUUCUUUGGAGUUGAGUGACAAUCUUCACUUUGAUAUUCAAAACCUAAAACAGGGUUUGUUUUUUUUCUUUGUUCUUAAUCCCUUAAUGUUCAGUAUAUUUUCCUUCAUCCAAAAAGCUCUGCUGUUCCUGCUGUGGGAGCUGCCGGUGGCUGCACCGGGUCCCUGAACGCACCACGGCACCACUAAAUAAAGAGCAUGAAAACUGA